AUGGACAGUUUUCUUCAACAACACGAGUCCCCGCGUGGCUGCAGACGACCGGGCCGUUCACGCUCGCCCAGUGGCAGUGCUCUGCAACUUGUACAACAACGAAAUGAUGCUGUAGCUACUACGAAUUAUCCUCUAGCGGCAGGUGACGGUUUUCUUGACGUUCUCAGCUUUGUCCGCCGUCACAAAACCUCCGCGAUUCCUGCUUCAGCGAUUUCAUCUGGCGCUGGCGUGCCAAGCUCUUUGAGAAAUCCUAGUGCAUUUCAACACGAAGUUGCGACGAUGCUACCGAAGAAAGUCCCGACUUAUCGUGGUGAACCAGAUGGGGGUCUCUCUAUUAGCGACCACAUUGCUGUAGGUCUUUCCGUAACGCAACCCUCAAGUAGCAUGCGGCC